CAGACGGAGUGCCACUUCUAAUAUGGCGGCGAGGCGUACGUACCACAUACGAUAUGACUCACAACAACCGUCGGACUUAUUACAGUGUGACACCAACCGGAUGUAAACAAAGGAGGCAAGCAGAUGUUUCCUCGGGCUCAGAUCAUCGUUGGUGGUUAAAAUAGCAUGUAAAAAACACCGAUUCGUAAAAAAAAAAAAAGUCACAUUUAAAGGCAAAAAUGUCCAAAGUUGAGUGUUUGAAAGAGUUUGUAAUCGAGCGGCUGACUGCUGCUGCUGAAGAAAUAUUCAGAGUUUUUAAAAGAACUAUCGUCGAGUACGAGGAGGAGAUAGAUCGUCAGAAGAGGCUGCUGGAUAUAAUUUUGAAACCUGAUAUAAAGUUAUCCCGUAUAGAGCUCCCACAGCAACAUGUCUGUAAGGAGGACAAGGGUCCUUCCGACCAGCACCUCUGUAACCAGGAGAGGAGCUCCAGCCUGGACCAAGAGGACCCAGAACCUCCAGAGAUCAAAGAGGAACAGGAGGAACUCUGCACCAGUCAGGAGGAAGAGAAGGGGGUUGAGACUUGUAUGCUGACUUCUAUCUAUGAGGAAAGUUUCCACAGCAAAGACCAUACUGUGUGUUUGAAUCAUGAGUUAACUCCCAAUGUAGCACAGGCUGGAACUUUUAUCAGCAGGUCUGUUUGUAGCUCUGUUGUACCAGAACCAAACACUGAGCACCAGCUCUUCAGUCAUCAAACUGAGACCCGAGAUCCCACAGGAGGCAAGCAUGGAGACUCAGGACUAACAACGAAUGCAGAGCCCAAACCAAAGAAGCACGGUAUUCAUUCCUUCAUUUGGAGUCCAGCUUAUCAGGGAAGAAACCACAGCAACACAAAACCAAUAGCUUUCUUCCAAAGCUCUCUUAUCCCACGGAGCCAAGAUCAGAGAGUUCAUAGGAUUGAAAACUCAGGAACGACUGCAAGUGGAGAAACAGAACUAAUAUGUCCACUUCCCAAAAACAACUGUAACAGUAGGAGUCCGUACAACUUUCAGACUCACCAAGGCAUCCAAGGAAGUAAAGAGCAUUGUUUGUGCAAAAUAUGUGGAAGGGCUUUUCAGUUCGGGGCACACUUCAUGGCACAUUUACGAACCCACACUGGUGAUAGGCCAUUCCUCUGUAGGAUCUGUGGGAAAGGAUUUUAUGACACUUCAGCACUGAAUAGGCACAUCAGAACCCACACAGGGGAAAAGCCAUACCCUUGCAAGACCUGCGGGAAAAGGUUUUAUUACACUUCGGCAUUAAACAGACACAUUAGAACCCACACAGGGGAGAAGCCGUGUCUUUGCAAAACCUGUGGUAAGAGAUUCUCUCAGAUUUCUGGACUGAAUAGACACAUUAGAACACACACAGGUGAGACGCCGUAUUCAUGCCAAACAUGCGGGAGAGCAUUCAGGUAUAGUUUUACCUUGAAUACACACAUAAGAAAAGUUCACACUGGUGAGCUGCAAGGAUAUUGAAAAAACUAUACGAAUGCACAACAGUGGGAAGCGAUAAAACUGGAACACCUGAGGGAAAAGAUUAUCCUCACAGUUUGAAUUGAAUUGAUGAUGUUAAUAUUCCAAUUUUUUCAAACCUCAAAAAAUACACAAACCGAACAAACCAUGAAGCUGAAACUCUUCAGAUCCAUCGUUUACUGUGUAAGAGAUAAUUUAUAGUGAUCAGGAUAAAUGAGGAUACAAGGGGGGCGUCUUAUCUCAACCCAUAAGCGGUUCCUCUGCUAUAACAUCCUGCUCACUAUAAAUUACUGCAUUCAUAAAUUUGACACCAUAUAUUGUUCAGGAACUAUAGUGGUUAUAUGUCUUCUGUUGGAAAAUAUUCUGUGACACUCACUGUUUGAGCUGUGUCCUUAGCAAAGAUAGGCUAUGUAUCCAUCCAUUAUCUUGACCGCUUAUCCCGUUAGGGGUCACGGGGGGCUGGAGCCUAUCCCAGCUGGCUUCGGGCGGAAGGCAGGGUACACCCUGGACAGGUUGCCAACCUAUCACAGGGCUAACACAGAGAGACAGAAAACCAUUCAUGCACACACUCACACCUACAGGAAAUUGAGAGUGAUCAAUCAACCUGAGCAUGUUUUUGGAUUGUGGGAGGAAGCCGGACAACCCGGAGAGAACCCACGCAUGCACGGGGAGAACAUGCUAUGUAGCCAUCUUAAAAUUAGAUUACACAGCUUUUAAUACUCAUAUUAAAGCUACAUUGAAGAGAUUUUAGUUGACCUUCAUGACCUACAGAAGUAAAUGAGAUUAUUGGUGACAGGCAGAUUAUUCCUAUGUAGUUAUUUCUGAUGUCUAAAGUUGCUGGUUGGGCAGGUGUCAAUCAGAACAGCCUUUUCUUACACUUACCGUGUUUUUCCAGUGGGUGUUGAAGUAAAUGAAGGAGGAUUUUUGUUAGAAACUAUUCACACAUGCACUAUACAGGGCAAAAUCAGCAAAGAGAUAGAAGGUACCACUUUGUCCACAAGGGGGCGCAAAAGAAAACAAACCACAAGUUUGAGCACGAGCAUGUGGCUGUGUUUCCUGUGCCGUUAUGAAUUAACCUGCUGCUACUGAUGCUUUUGAUAAUUAACUACUCACUUACCCUCAACUUAGGAGUCAUCUGGCAAAAAGAAAGGCAAAAAACUCAUUACAUUUUUUAUUUUCAAGGUUUUAUUCCAAGGUUAGCUACUAAAUUUUUCCAUAUUUUUUACUAUAAUGGGUGAAAUUUACUAUUUUUUGGAUAACUUAAAAAAAAAAAUUCUGGAAGACAUCUCACAAUCCCCCAUUUGGGUCCCACAACCGCCUAGGGGGUCUCAACCCACACUUUGGGAACCCCUGGUUUACUUCAUGUGCCCACCCACAGAAAGGCCGUCCUAAACAUGAAAAUAAGUUUUUAAAAAAAAGCAACUUGUCAUUGUGGGUUGAUAGUCCUGAUUGAUGGUGCUAUAGCUACAAUCAGACGUGAAAUUAAUCCAAAUGAGUUGUCUAAAUCUUCAGGCUAUAGACAGAUAUUUUAAUUAGCAAAGAAUGAGUGUGUCAAAAUAUUUCACUGUAAACUGCUUCUGCAAUUUCUUGUUUAGUACUCUUCAACCUCCAGCAAAAAGGUGAGCCUCUCCACAAAGUACACACAUUCUCAAAAUGUUGUCCUGAUACUGAAUAUAAUGUUGCUGCCUUUACAUGCAGAGUGUGCUGUUAUAGUGACCCUAAUGAUUGCUUUAUUCUUGGUGUGAAACCAUCUCUGACACUUCAAGAUGUGCUGUUGAAGGUACAUGUUGUUUUCAAAGACCAGGUCAUGCAUAAUGCAACUUUUCUGUUUUGUUUUUUUUAUCAGCUGUGUGACUUGAAGUGAUAACUUUGUUCAGUUCUAAUAUGUUUAUGCAUCUGGUUAUAUAAUUUAAGGUGUAGCAGGUGCUGUCAUGUAAUGAUUCCAGUGAUGGAUGCCUUACUGUAUGACGGUCACACUGUCUGACCUUGUGUUUGUUUUCUUUCAAUAAAGCCUUGCUGUAAAGCCAGACUGCCAAAUUCAUA